CUGAGUUACAACAGGAUCAUCGAGUAUGGGGACCAGAAAAAGGAAAAGGUGUUUCCUAAAAAGGAUGGAAAUGUAACGUUACUUUUUCUAUUUUCUAGUCCUUUAAAAUGGCAUCUCCCUCCUAUGCAUUGGAAUAUUAGGUAAUGUGUUAGGACCAAGGAGAACGUGCCUUUUGUAAGAAAUGGCUUCCUUGGACCAUCACGAAUCGGAAAAAAAUAUAUAUCCUCAGCGAACAAAAGUUGCACACUUGAUGGUGAACUGGCACAACAUUACCGAGGCAAUAAAAUAAUACGGUAAAAAGGAAAAAGAAAAAUGCCGAAGGAUAGUUUGGUCACACAGUGCUUGCCAAGUGGUGCCAAGGAGCAAGGAGAGGUACGAGUAGUUUGGCAGCCCCCUCUGCCGCUCCCCUUGCUUGUACCCUUUCCCCUCGUUAUCUUCCGUACAAAAUUAUUUCAAUUCGUCCCUUUUUCCACUAUCAUUUCUGUCUGCAGUGUCUACUCAAUCAGAGAUCUGGAUGCAGCUAAGAAACGGAAAAACAGAGUAAGUGUAGUAGUAUCUAGCACGUCAAUCGGCAGAGUCCACUACUCCCAGUUGCAGGCAUUAACAACAGCAGAACAAACUCAUCAUGGUUAUGGAGGCUCAACAACAGGAAGAUGGGUGGCCACUCGGCCUAAGACCGCUGAACGCAAGAGUUGGGUUGAUCUUGAUACUGAGUCCACUGGAUCGUUCUUCCAUGACAAGAGCUUAACACUAGGGAGUCUCAUUGGAGUUUCUAGCAUUCUAGAGCUCUCUAGAAGAUCAACUAGGGGAAGGACCACUGAAACCUUACGAGAGCAGAAGAAUUACAAAUCAAAACCAUGGAUGUUCUCAAUAUGCUCGAGGCUAAGCCCUGAUGUCGUCAACACAAACAACAAUGCUCCUUCUCUUGGCCACUUUCUUGAAGUAGAGAGGAGAGCUGCUGCCAACAUUCACAGAAGGAAUAUGAUAUAUGGACCUAGAGAUUUCUCCCCAAUUCUGCCUAACUCCGGUGUAAAUUCUCAAUUUUUGGGUGAUCAGAUUGCCCCGCAAUCAAGUGCUUCAUUGGGAGUAGAUGGAGGGAGAAGAUCCAACACAGAAUUGUUAAAACAUGGUAAUGGGGAUGGAGCUUCAUUAGUAGUGUCAUGUUUGUGUGGACAACUCAUUGAAUGAUGACUUCUUGAAAAACAUUUUACAUGUUCUUAUGUCCCUGGGUUCUGAAUAAUCCAACGGCAAGUGUGGGAAGUGAAACACUACGGUCUUUUUAUAACAAAAUCCAACCAAACAACUGCUUGAUUCAUGGUGUUUAGUUCU